UCACAGUAAAUUUAAAAGACUCAUUUUGCCCAUUUGACGCUCUCUAUGUCUCUGCCUUUUUUGUUUUUGGUGAACCAUUUAUUACAUGAGUGAAAGUAAUUCUUUCAACUACCGUAAAAGAAAACUAUAAAUUAAAUCAGAAACAAAAUUGCAACUUGUUUGAUAUGUCACAUGGGAUUUAUGCAAUUAUUAUUAUUCAAUACAGCACAACGCUUGCAUUUACUUACCAAAUGUCUCUUGUCGCUAGUGGAGCUAUGCAGAUCCGGAUAGGUUGGUCACUGCCCCUUCCUUGUUUGCAACGAGCUGGUGUCAACGCCACUUAACUGUCUUAUUGAAAGGAGACCAAUGGAAUCAUAGGAAAUAAUAAAUAAAUCCCAACGUCAAUAUUAGAAUUAAUUUUCACAUGCUUAAUGCAAAGGUGCAUACACUGCUGUCUUAUUGAGAGGAGACCAGUGGAAUCAAAAGGAAACUUACUCGCCAAUGACAUCUCUAUUGUAACUUCUCUUGUCUCAUUCGGAGGAUUGAUCAUUGCUUCUUUCACAAAAAGGUUGUAUUCAAUGCACUCGUGCAUUGCAAAAAUAUUAAAUGCCGUAUUAUAUAAUUUUCAAUAACAAGAUCCGCACAUGGUGGUUGGGAGACAUAGCAUCAACAUCCUCAGUAAUGUAUAUAUAUGUAUAUAUAUUAUAGUUUAUAUAAAAAUCACAAUCAUGUCAGCCUUACUGUACAUGUGUGUGAUGAGGAUGAGAUUCCUUCUGUUUCCCUUAUGACUUUUUGCUUAUAUAAAUAGAGGGUAGAUGCCAAAGGAAACUCAAUCAAAAUUUAGAUCAUCAUUAAACAUUCAAAAGCUACCAAUCCCUUCUCCAUCUUUUUACAGGAAAAGAAAAAUGGCAGCUUACCACGUUCGAUCAAACAGUUUCCCCUCAAAGCAACAUCCUCUUAUUUCCGAGUUUGAUGGUAUACUGAGGUCUUCUGCAGAAGCCUCAUCUUCAACAUCCAUAACCUCAAAGCUAAAUGGCCUUCAAGAUCUCCAUGAUUGUGUUGACAAGUUGCUUUUGCUACCUCUUAAUCAGCAAGCACUGUCUAAAGAGCAUAAUGAGAAAAGUCUCAACGAGAUUUUGGAUGGAUCCCUAAGACUCUUGGAUAUUUGCAACACAGCCAAGGAUGCCUUGUUGUUAACAAAGGAAUCAACACAAGAACUUCAAUCAAUUUUGCGUAGAAGACGCAGUGGAGAAAUGGAAUUGACAAGUGAGAUUAAGAAAUUCUUAGCCUCUAGAAAAAUGAUGAAGAAAACACUCCGCAAGGCCUUGGAAAACAAAAGCAGUUUCAGCUCCCUCAAGAAGGAGCAAUUGAGCUGUGAAACUGUGAGCAUGUUGAGAGAGUUGGAAUCAAUGGCUGUGGCUGUUUUCGAAUCAUUGCUUUCAUUCAUCUCUGAGCCAAAGUCAAGCAGCAGCUGGUCAUUGGUUACCAAGAUGAUGAACAACAAAAGAGUUGCUGCAGAGAAUGUUAACGAAUUGAAUGAAUUUACAAGUGCUGAUGCAGCAUUGAAUUUGCUCAUCACUGCUAAGAAGGUCAAGAAAUCAGAGAGCAGCCUAGAAGAGAAUGUGCAAAACCAACUUCAAAACUUGGAAUUGUGCAUUGAAGACCUUGAACAAGGAGUUGAGAGCCUUUACAGGCGUUUGAUCAAAACAAGAGUUUCUCUACUCAACAUCCUCAAUCACUAACUCAUUACAAUAUCAUAGAUUUGUAUCAUAGAUAGGGCAUACAAUUGUACAUGUUUACAAGAUAUACAUCGCAUACUUUUUGCGAAUACAAACUUAU